AAAGGAGGCUCAACUCGGAUCUGCUGCCGACUGUCACCAGUCAAACGUUCACGGACUGGUUUAUCUAAAUGGCGUGCCCAUCCCCCUCCUCCUCCUCCUCCUCCUCCUCCUCCUCACGAUUCUUCUCCUCCAUAGCUGUGAUGAUCCUUCUAGCAAUGCUGGCUGCACUGAUUCUAUGUGCGGCAGUUGGGGGAGCUUCCGCGGGUCCUGGCUCCCAGGAUUACCAGUUCCGGGACUCGUCCCAGUCCCACAGCCUGUGCGUACGAUCUGCAGGGCUGGCAGGACGAAAGGUAAUGUCAUUCGACGCGCGCAGGGAGGAGGAGAGGGAGGAGGAGGAGGAGAGAGAGACGGAGGAGGAGAGGGAGAAGGAGGACGAGAAGGAUGAUGAAUCAGAUGAUGAGGAGGAGGAGGGGAAGGAGAAGGGGGAAACGAAGAGGGAGGUGUUCGAGUCCGGUAUUGACAUUUUUCCGGAAGCCAAGGAUGAUAACCAGUCUGAGGGGAGGAGGACGGGUAGGAGGAUAGAACAAGAAGAAGCAGCCGCUCAAUACCCAUGGCUUCAAUUCCACAAAUCGCUGCUCACUCUAUAUGGCAAUAUAUUACCUGAUAAUACUUCGUAUUAUUACAGACGUUAUAUUCACGCUCUCAUCCUCUCUAAGGAUGGAAACACCAUCUACUUCGCUCAUGACAGGUUCAACAAAGAUAGCCAGAUCGCGAAAGCCAUCCGAUUGACUAAUUCAUCGUCUUCCCCGCCAUCUCAAUCUCCAGCAUCACCUCAGAGGCAGUUGUACAACUUGUACAAUGUGUCCAAUAUCCUCAACCAGGCCAUCAAUAUCACAGGCAGCGGCGUAUCCAAUCGUGUCGCAGGCUUGGAGAUCUUGGAAGAUAAUGUUACGCUACUCGUUGGAUAUCACCAGACAAAGGACGUCCGCCAACUAUGGGUGGAGAAUGGGACAGAGGAGGUGUUCAUUACUGAUACAGCAGCAGCUCAAUUCGGCAUGGGCAGGCAUCCAAAGGAGCUGUGGCUAUUUAUGAGUUCACUUAAUCAGAUUCAGAGGAUGCCUGUUGAACAAGGGGCUCCCAUCGAGUCGAUUAUCACGCUAGCUGGGGCUACUGUGGACGGAUAUAUCGAUGGUAUCGGAGCCGCUACUCGAUUUGGAGCGCACAGCCCAAGGGUUGCCCCCCGAUGCAUCUCAUCGGAUGGCUCCUUCCUCUACGUUGGCGACCGGAGCAAUUUUGUCGUGAGGCGAGUGAACGCCUACACAGGACAGACGCAAACUGUCAGUUUUGCUAACGGAACACCUGUUGCGAUGCCCUUCGGUCCGUUAGCCGUCGUUUUAACUUCGGAUAAUUGCAACCUUUUCGCAACGGGAUGGACAAACUACGGCAGGCCCACGGGACAGCCGUCAAUGGUCCGAUGGGUGGCCCUCGACGCGCCACAUGGCAAUGUCUCCUGGACGAAAGACGUUAUCUUCUUCAAUCACACCCCUCCAUCCAUCCUCGACAACGAGGAAUGGACAGGGGUUAACGAGCCAGCCCGUCUGUUGCUCAGUCACAAGGACGCAGAUUUGUACGUGGGAACAAGUAAUGGGGAGAUAUUCCACUUUGCGGUUAACCGCAGCGCUCUGCACAAAUGCGGGCCCAAUGAUCCUGCUAACCCUCCAGGGUUCGGUCCCCUUCCACGGUACAUUCGCCCAACACCUCCCUCCUCGUCCUCUUCAGCACCACCACCUCCCUCCUCGUCCUUCCCUCCAGACCCACCACCUCCCUCCUCGUCCUUUCCUUCAGUACCACCACCUCCCUCCUCGUCCUUCCCUGCAGUACCACCACCUCCCUCCUCGUCCUCCCUCUCCUCCUCCUCCUCAUCCGAUCGAAUGUCCAUUCUCACGUUGAUUGUCGUUUUGUGCGUCAUAGCGGUCGCUCUCCUAGGGGUUUGCACGACUCUCUUCCUGUGGUGGACUAGAAGACUCUGCUUUCACUGGGAGAGGGACAGCGGCGGUGCAAAUGCUGCCUCUGCAGCUCAUCAGUCCAAGACGCAGCAGCGAUGGCUACGUUCAUGCAUAUUCUCUGGCCAUCAAAAUAGUACCCUCUCUGCGAAAGAUAAAGCGAGCAGCGUUAAUUCCAAAACCACCAGCUCCUUGACGAUGACGACAUCUCUCUCGCUCCUCCAUAGCGAUAGAUUAGAGUUAGCGGUCAUCUCGCAGAAGCUUGGCCAUCUGGAUGCCCCUCGGCGAGUCCCCUUCGUGGAUCUCCGGGAGGCGACGGAUGGCUUUAGUGAUGCGCACAAGGUGGUGGGAGCAAGGGGCGGAUUUGGCGACCUUUACCGGGCCACCUUGAGGGUAGGAGGUGAAACGGGGGAGAUGGCUGACGUGGCGCUGAAGGUGAUGAGGGGUGCCCUUGACGAACCGAAAAGCAAGCAGUUCCUCUCUGAAGUGACCACACUCAGCUGCGCUCGCCACGUCCAUCUCUGCAAGCUUCUCGGCUACUGCGUGGAGGGCAACAUGGUCAUCCUUGUCUAUCCCUUCAUCUCGGGCGGCAGUUUGUAUGACCGUCUUCACCCUUUUCCUCGGCCCGCUGCCCAGGGCCCCCUGCCUUGUGCUCCCUUCGGUUGGAGAUCGCGACUGUCAGUUGCGCUCCAUAUCGGGACUGCAUUAAGGUACCUCCACGAGGAGCUAGACCCCCCCCUCUUGCAUCGGGACGUCAAGAGCAGCAAUGUCCUCGUCGAGGGCUCUGGACAGCAGGUCAAGGCCUAUCUGACCGACUUCGGCCUCGCUAGGCUUGGCAACCCCAGCGCAGGCUUGGAAAAGGCUCGGGAGACUGUGCAGACAUCAUUCCGAGCAGGCACGGUUGGGUACAUGGCUCCUGAGUAUGCCAUUGAGCUGAAACUCACCGCCAAAAAUGACGUGUAUGGCUUCGGUGUGAUUCUGCUGGAGAUGGUUACUGGGAGGAGUGCCGUCUUCUGGCCGACUAGUUUCGAUCAGCCCGAGACGGAUGAUCUAUUUAUGUAUGAUGUGACCCUCAGUGACAGCGAGACCGAUUGCGGUCAUGACGGUCACCCCAUUAUGCUCGUGAGUUGGGCCCGGAAGAAGUUCAAGAAAGUGCCACACUGGGACUAUCAGCUGCUUAGCAAGAUGGUGGACCCACAGCUUGUUCGGUCCUUCCAAGUCCGCGGAGGGAGCGAGUGGGAGAGGGAGACGCUGUGUGCGAUUGCCAGGUUGGGCCAAGAGUGCACUUAUCGCGAUCCAAGUAAGAGGCCAAUGAUGGGUGUCGUUGUGGAGAGGACCAAGGCAAUCGUACAAGAGGAGGGAACACCAUAAGGGAAAGGGUGAAGGCACUGAAGGGAAGGAGGGGUGUUGUUGCCGAACGAGUAGAGAACAGUGAACAGUUACNUUGUUCGGUCCUUCCAAGUCCGCGGAGGGAGCGAGUGGGAGAGGGAGACGCUGUGUGCGAUUGCCAGGUUGGGCCAAGAGUGCACUUAUCGC